AGUGUCUGAGGAGUGUAGGGCACCUAGAAUUGUUGCUCUGAGGACCCCAGCCCCAGACCUCUGGCAUGGGGGCACCCAGGGUCCAGGGACCACAGCCCCUUCCUUGGGUCCAGAGUCCCCCCAUCAGUGAGUCUUGGCUCUGCUUAUAGCAUCUGACGCCAGAGGGGCCGAAAAUAGCCCCUGGAGAAGGGGGAGGUGGGAGUUAUUUAAAGGGCCUGGGAGGAGCAGAGCAGAGACUGUGUGAGGAGUGAUCAUGGCCACUUCGGAGCUGAGCUGCCAGGUGUCCGAGGAGAACUCUGAGCGCCGAGAGGCCUUCUGGGCUGAGUGGAAGGAUCUGACACUAUCUACACGGCCUGAGGAGGGUUGCUCCCUGCAUGAAGAGGAUGCCCUGCGGCGGGAGACCUACCACCGACAGGGGCAGUGCCAGGCACUGGUGCAGUGCUCCCCCUGGCUGGUGAUGCGGAUGGGCAUCCUUGGCCGUGGGCUGCAGGAGUACCAGCUUCCCUACCAGCGGGUGCUGCCACUACCUAUCUUCAUGCCCGCCAAGGUGGGUGCCACCAAAGAGGAGCGCGAGGACACCCCCAUCCCACUACAGGAGCUGCUGGCGCUGGAGACAGCCCUGGGUGGCCAGUGUGCGGAUCGCCAGGAGGUGGCUGAGAUCACCAAGCAGCUGCCCCCUGUGAUGCCCGUCAGCAAACCUGGUGCCCUUCGUCGCUCCCUGUCCCGCUCCAUGUCCCAGGAAGCCCAGAGAGGCUGAAAGGGACUGUGACUUGGGCUCCACUGUGCCCACCCUGGGCUGGGCCCUUCCUGGCUAGGACUACAGAGGGGAGCUGCUAGCCAUGGAUGCUUUGUAGUUUGCCCAGAGUUUGGGGCUGGGAAGAAGGGAGUCAGAGGCCAGGAUGCCUGAGCCCCUUGAGUUCCCAAAGGGAGGCAAAGACGGUGGGCACUGAAGGCGGAGAGCUGGGGGCCAGCAUAGCCUAGUACCCCAGCCCCAGGAGAAUGGACAAAAGAUGGUGGUGACCCUGGUUCAGGUUUCAGCUUCAGAGAAGAACUACGAAAAGUGUGAGAGGAUCUAGAAUGCUCUAGGCAGGAGGCUUGGAGAAGAUUGGAGGGAGGGGGAUGUGAGGAGGGCAGAGGCAGGCAUGGUGGGGCCCCCAGCACCCUGUUAGCACUGCAAUAAAUGCUCAGUUGUG